UUUGAAGCUUCGCCGAAAAAUUGACCCCAAGCCGAUCGCCAACGCCAACGCUGUACAACCUUUCCACUCGACCACCACCACACGAAAUGCUUCUUGGACUUACGAGGUGACGACCGAACCCUUUUUUUUCUACGUCCACUUGCUAUUUUAUAGUUAAUAAUAAUACUCUUGAACCUCCGAAUUCGCUUCAAACUGCUACGAACCCCUUGUGGCCAAUAAACAAAGGACACCGACUUUGUCUGAUUGUAAUUUGCAAAAAAUUACAAAUUACGGUUUGGUAGUGAAGGGCAGAAACUCGCAAUUCUCAGAUACGAAAGUGAAGGAUUAGACGGUUAAGGGUCAAGUGUAAAGGGGAGACGGGAGUGGAUACGAUACAUACGAAGAGCUGCUUAAACGCCCAAACGCUCAAACGCCCAGACGCCCACAAUGACAGACUCCCUCCACAACGCGCCCAUUGUACUGGAUAAUGGUUCUGGUACAAUUCGGGCGGGCUUUGCAGGAGACGAUCUACCUAAAUGUUACUUCCCCUCCUUCGUAGGUCGGCCGAAGCACCUGCGAGUACUUGCUGGUGCCUUAGAAGGCGAGGUAUUCAUCGGUCAAAAGGCGGCGACGGAGCUAAGAGGGCUCCUAAAGAUAAGAUACCCUUUAGAGCAUGGCAUAGUCACGGAUUGGGACGAUAUGGAGAAGAUAUGGGAGUAUGUCUAUAGCGAAGGACUAAAGACUAUCAGCGAAGAGCAUCCUGUCCUCUUAACCGAACCACCACUUAACCCGCGAGCAAAUCGUGACACGGCAGCUCAAAUACUUUUCGAGACUUUUAAUGUUCCCGCCCUAUACACCUCUAUCCAAGCUGUCCUCUCCCUCUACGCCAGCGGACGUACCACGGGUUGCGUGUUAGAUUCGGGCGACGGUGUCUCGCAUGCGGUUCCUGUAUACGAGGGGUUUGCAAUCCCCUCUUCUAUGCGCCGUAUCGAUGUUGCCGGCCGUGACGUCACCGAGUACAUGCAGACGCUGCUGCGCAAGAGUGGCUACGUCUUCCAUACGAGCGCUGAAAAGGAAGUUGUGCGGUUAAUCAAGGAAGCAGUUUCAUAUGUGGCUAUAAACCCUAAGCAAGAGGAGAAAGAUUGGCAGAGUGCGAAGCUAGACCAGGGCAAAACGGCAGAGUACGUGUUACCUGAUGGUAACCGACUGCGCGUAGGCCAGGAACGUUUCCGUGCGCCCGAGAUCCUGUUCGACCCUGAGCUCAUCGGGUUAGAGUACCCGGGCAUCCAGCAGAUCGUAACAGACGCCAUCAACAGGACGGAUCUAGACCUACGUAAGGCGCUUUACGCCAACAUUGUAUUAUCCGGCGGCAGUACCCUAACCAAGGGUUUCGGUGAUCGUCUGCUGAGCGAAGUGAAGAAGCUCGCUGUCAAGGACAUGCGGAUCAAGAUCUUCGCACCCCCCGAGCGCAAGUACUCAACCUGGAUCGGAGGUAGCAUUCUUGCGGGCUUAAGCACGUUCAGAAAGAUGUGGGUUAGCAUCGACGACUGGCACGAGGACCCCGACAUAAUUCACAAGAAACUAACAUAAUCUCCCUUUGCAUCUCAUUUUCGGAAUACCAAAAAAAUAGAUCGGGGAGAUUUCACAAGUCAUGAUAACUCGGACCAGGGAAAGGAGGUCAGCAAGUUACGAAUUAGCGAUCUCCCGGUCCGAGCGUAGCAGGUACGAAGGGAUUUCAUGGUAAGGCAGCAUAGCGUAAGCGCAGCGAGAGACUCAUUUCCACUUUAAACAACAGUCCAUAGAUGUAGUAGAUAGUGUAUGGCUGCAACGGACACUCUAGCGAGUUGAGGCUCUUGCAAUGUCUGAAGGGGGGAAGAGAGGACGGGGAGGGAAAGGAGAAGCCGGUAAGCUUGUGUGUCAGAUUAUUGGCGGAAUACUUAAGUCAUCUACGUAGAUGAAUGAUACCCAGACGUUUAAGAUCCCA